UGUGAAUCCCUUCCCUGGACCUGAGGGUAAAUCUCCAUUAAGAUUUCUAGUUCCAUUCCUGGGCAAAAAACGUACAAUAUCUCUGAGACAGAAUGGCGUCUGCAUCUUCUCUCCUGGAAGAGGAGCUCUCCUGUCCUGUGUGCUCUGAAAUCUUCACGGAUCCUGUUGUCCUGAGAUGCAGUCACAGCUUCUGUGAGGCCUGUCUGCUGCAUUGGUGGAGAGAGAAGGGAUCUCAGGAGUGCCCAGUUUGCAGGAGAAGAGAUUCUAACGAUCGUCCUCCCUGUAACCUGUCUCUGAGGAAUACCUGUGAGGCGUUCUUAAAGGAGAGAAGUCAGAGAGCUGAAGCAGGAUCUAAAGUGUUCUGCAGUCUGCACAGUGAGAAACUCAAACUCUUCUGUAUGGAGGAUCAAAUACCCAUCUGCUUUGUCUGUCAAACUUCAGAAAAACAUGAAAACCACAAACUGCGACCAGUUCAGGAGGCUGCAGAAGAGUAUAAGGAGAAACUCAGGACUACACUGGCUCCACUGCAGGAGAAGCUAAAAGCCUUUAAUGCAGUGAAACUAGUCUGUGAUCAAACAGCAGAACACAUCAAGAGCCAGGCCCAGCACACAGAGAGACAGCUAAAGAUGGAGUUUGAGAAACUUCAGCAGUUCCUAAAAGAUGAAGAGGCAGCCAGGAUCACUGCACUGAGGGAGGAAGAGGAGCAGAAGAGUCAAAAGAUGAAGGAGAAGAUUGAGAAGAUGACAGAAGAGAUAUCAUCCCUUUCAGAACAGAUCAGAGCUAUAGAACAGGAGCUGGGAGCUGAAGACGUUGCAUUCCUGCAGAUCUAUAAAGACAUCAGGAAACGAGCCCAGUGCACACUGGGGGAUCCAGAGAAGGUCUCAGGAGCGCUGAUUGAUGUGGCCAAGCACCUGGGCAAUCUGAAGUACAGAGUGUGGGAGAAAAUGCUGGGGACUGUUCAAUACACUCCUGUGACUCUGGACCCAAACACAGCACAUCCUGAACUCUCACUGUCUGAGCAUCUGACCAGUGUGAGACGCAGUGAUGAGAGACAGCAGGUUCCUGAUAAUCCAGAGAGAUUUGAUACACGAUGUUUUGUGUUGGGCUCUGAGGGAUUCAGCUCAGGGAGACACUGCUGGGAUGUAGAAGUGGGGGAUGGGGGCUGGAUGGUGGGUGUGGCUAAAGAGUCCAUCAAUAGGAAAGGAGUCUUCACUCUGAGUGCUGGAGAAGUGUGGAGUAUAUGCCACACCUACAGGAAAUAUUUAGCCCUGGGCUUUGUACGUACAGCCCUCACUGUGCAGAGGAAACUCCUGAGGGUCAGAGUGCAGCUGGACUGGGACAGGGGGGAGGUGUCAUUCUCUGACCCCAGUGACAACACUCCUCUCUACACUUUUAAACACUCCUUCACUGAGAGACUGUUUCCUUUCUUCUGCCCUGAUUCUCUGCAGAUCUGUCCACUGAAUGUGUCUCUCAGAGUGGAAUAGUGCUCAGUAAUGAUUGAUGGGCAAGGAUCAGGUCAAAAGACAGUAUUUUAUGACCUUAAAAAGAUUUUCUCUUAUUUGCAAAUAUAAAAAAAGUUAAAUAACAUUGUUUCAUUAAUUUGGUUGAAAAAAAUAUAGAUCCUUAUCAACAGCAAUUCAUAAGUAACUUCACAAUGUCCGUAUUGCAUUUAAGAAUCGGUGUGUGUGUGUAAGGAGUAAUUACUGUGGUAUAUGGUGGUAUUGUAAGUACACUGGUGUGUGUGUAAUGAG